AUGGAAGAAGCCCCAGAUAAAAAUAAAAUUUCGGAAAUAGUUUGUUCUUUUAACUUGAAACAUGUCGCUACAUUAGAUGAAGAUAGCAAUAUUAGUAUUUGGUCUACCAUUAGUCAAGAAGAACCUUUAACACACGUAAAGACAAUCCAUAUUGACAAUAUUCGCACAAAUAAAAAUGGUGAAAAAAUAUUUGCAAUUUCAGACAAUAAGUGCGUUUCAAUUAGUGUCAAUAGAGUCGAUCCUUAUAAUUUUAAAAUUUUCAAUUUUGAAACUGGGAAAGAGAUCCGAUUCACUUUUCCAGAUUGUCAAAAGGAAAUUGACUUCUUAUCCUUGAUUGAUAACGGAGAUAUUGUAAUGGUUAAUACCAAAUAUUACAGAGCAUAUGUUUUUUCAAGUAAAGAUAACGUUAGUUGGAUCACGAUGUGGGACGUUGAAGAUUUAUCGAUUAAAACCCGUAUUUUAAUAGAUUGGGAUCAUACACUUGAAUCUGUUGAGAUUAGUGAUGAUGAAGAAUUAUUAUUAAUAUGUGCAAAAAAUAAGGAAACUAAGAUAACACGUUUAUACACCUUUUCCACCGAAACUGGGAUAAACCUGGCAUUCUUUGAUACACAAUUGGUAAUAGAUAAAUUUCACUUGAUCGCAUCCCAAAAAGGUGAAAGAUUAUUCUAUAUUUCAGGUGAUCAAUAUAAUUUAAUGGACCCUUAUAGCCUCCAAAAUCCAAUAGACGCGAGUGAACUUUUUGAGAAGCUUGAAAAGAAUCAAAUUCAAGAACCAUACAUAAUUCGAUCUGAUAAAAUAAUUUACACGAUUGAUGGAAAAUUAUCAAUUAAAGAGUUAGUCCCUGAUAAUUCUGAUGAUUGGAUUGAAUACUUGCGAAAAAAACUGAAUGACAGAAAUAGCAUUACAGCUCC